AUGUAUCAAUCGUCAAGCGCUUACAGAGCUACUCAAGAUUUACUUAUCAAUGAGCUAAAAUUACUUAAACAUAUUAAACAUGAAAAUAUUAUUAAAAUGUAUGAUUUUCAGUGGAAUGAAAAUUAUACCUAUAUUGUAAUGGAAUAUUGUGCUGGUGGUGAUAUUUCAAUGUUUAUACGUUCUAGACAGCAAUUAUCUGAAACUCGUGCACGACCAUUUGUUCAACAAAUUGUUAAGAAUAUGUACUCAUAUGAUAAUUUAAAACCUGAAAAUAUUCUUUUAAAAUCUGUUGAUAAACCAAUAUUAAAAGUAGCUGAUUUUGGUGCUGCACAACAUAUUGGAACGCGUGGUAGUCGAGGUAGUCGUGGAACUUUAUUAUAUAUGGCUCCAGGAAUACUUUAUAAAUACCUUUUUGGUCAGCCACCGUUUAGUUUUUCAUGUGUUGAUGAACUUAUUGAAGAAAUAAAAUCAGAUGUUUCAAUUGAAAUUCCAAAUGAUACUUGGAUCUCAUCUGAAUGUCGCAAUUCACUUGAAAGUCUAUUACAACGACAAUUUCUAUCAAAAAUCAAUUAUGAAGAAUCAGGUGAUAUAAAAAGAGCUCUUGAUUAUCGAGUGAGAGCAUGGUAUGAGUAUAUAACUAUUAUUAAAGGUAAACAAUGA